UGGCAAAAUAAUGAAAAAUUUCUUGCAGAUAAGGUUUCAACCCAAUGAUCACAAAACCAUCAAAGAAACAGCUGAUGAACUGAAGAUUUUUGAAGGCAUCAAACACCCUAAUCUUGUUCGCUAUUUUGGUGUGGAGCUCCAUAGGGAAGAAAUGUACAUCUUCAUGGAGUACUGUGAUGAGGGCACUCUGGAGGAGGUGUCAAAACUGGGCCUUCAGGAGCAUGUCAUUAGGCUCUACUCAAAGCAAAUCACCAUUGCUAUCAAUGUACUACAUGAACAUGGUAUUGUUCAUCGAGACAUUAAAGGAGCCAACAUCUUUCUUACCUCAUCUGGACUGAUUAAACUAGGAGACUUUGGCUGCUCAGUGAAACUGAAGAACAACACCCAGACAAUGCCUGGAGAAGUGAACAGUACUUUGGGGACUGCGGCGUACAUGGCUCCUGAAGUAAUCACUAGAGCCAAAGGAGAAGGGCACGGGCGUGCGGCAGACAUCUGGAGCCUGGGCUGUGUCGUCAUAGAGAUGGUCACUGGCAAGAGGCCUUGGCACGAAUACGAGCACAACUUCCAGAUCAUGUAUAAAGUGGGGAUGGGUCAUAAACCUCCUAUUCCUGACAAAGUGAGCCCGGAAGGGAAAGACUUCCUUUGCCACUGUCUGGAAAGUGACCCAAAGAUGAGAUGGACGGCCAGCCAGCUCCUCGAUCAUCCUUUUGUCAAGGUUUGCACAGAUGAAGAAUGAAGUUAUUCAAUCUCUGGCCUUUUUUAUCCUGGCAAGAUACCUUUUAGUCACUACUGUAUGUAAUAUUUACAUAAAGACUGUGCUGAAAAACAGUAUAAAAGUUGACCUUACGAAGACUGCACAAGUGACGGGCGUCACUUCCUCUGCUGCUCCUGUAUGUUUGACUUGGCACAUGUUGCUCAUGUGACGGUGUCCCCGAGUUGGAAGAAGCUGCAUGUUUCAGUGAAAGUGCCAUUACUACUGUACAUGGACCAUACCUUUUUUUUGUUCUUUCUCCCGUUUCUCAGUUGAUUGAGAACUGUAAUGUUAAUAUGUAGUAUUUUUGAACUCUCUAGGUUCAGAAAAAUGCUGUAGUGUUAUCAGGCGUUAUGGACCUUGUUUUUUAAUCUGUUUGUUGAGUGCACUGACUGUGAACUUUUACUGUUUUUUUUUGUUUAUUAUUUGUUUUUGGCGAGCUUCAGAUUUGUUAUGCACAAUGCUGAUUAAUGAAAUUUUAAAGAAGUUUUUUCUCAAUAAAUGGUUUAUUUUAGGA